CUAAAAUACACACACCAGAGGCGUCCGUCCGUUCAUUCAUACGCUUUCGUAAUUCAAAGUCAAAGGUGUCAGUAUCGGUACAGUUUGGGGGCUCAAACCAGUGUACAACAGUGUCCGUAAUGAGUCACGAUGGUCGGUGAAGUUGCCAUAGGUCAUGGAGCGGAACCCCCCAAGAACGUCGGCGCCCAGACCGAGGGUGCGCGAAGGCAGAUCGGUCAACUUUAGGGAUUGGGAGAAGCAGGGAGAAGUUCUCUCCAAUUGGAAUAAUGAACUGUGCAGUGGUGAGUCGCUUCCAGAGGUAGAGAUAAUAAGCCUGCUGGAGGAGCAGAUACCCAAGUACAAGCUAAGAGCUGAUACGUUAACUACGUUUGGAGGAUACGAAAACCAGGACUGGUUUAUUCCUUCACCAGCUUUGCAAAUUGACGAAGCUGACUUGAAAUUGUCCCCGGAUCAAAUCCGAGAAACACUAAACUAUUUUCUUCUAUGUAGCAACCGUGUAAGCCAAAUGACAAAAACCUACGAUGACAUAGAAGCAGUCACUAGGCUUCUUGAAGAGAAAGAAAAGGAUUUGGAAUUGACAGCGCGCAUCGGCAAAGAAUUGCUGCAAACAAACAACAAACUCGAGAACACCGUUUCAUCCUUGGAAACCGAUUUGAAAACAGCAUACGAGAAGCUGACGCAGCUCAGCCAUGAGGUGCAUAAAAAGACCGAACUCAUUCAGAUCCUCACCAAUGACGUGGACGAGCCGGUCUGGGAACCGGGCACGUCGGGACGCAUUAAUCUUGACCUGAUGCACAAAAGAAUCUCAAAUUUAGAAGAUGAAAACAAAUCUCUCCGAUCAGAGUACUGUAGAUUGGCUAAAGAUACUGAUGAUAUUGAGGAGCAGGAAGCUAGAUUACUAAAAGAUUUAACUGGGCAGUUGACGUGUGCAAAUUCAAGCAUGGGUCUGUUGGAGGACGAGUUGGACCGCCAAAAGGAGGAAAACCGGCUUCAGCAUGAGAAAAUGCUGGCGUUGGAAUCUAAACUUUUUGAUACAGAAAUGAAAGUUGCCAAAUUGAUUGGUGAUAAUGAGGAAAUGAACAGCCUGCUGCAGAUCACAAAAGACAACCAGGGAAGUCUGGCGGUGGAGUUGUCCGAGUUCAAGGCCCGCUACUACGAGGUAGAGGCUUUGCUGCGCGACGCGCAAGACCAGUUGCGGAAGCUGCGCAAACGCCAGCUGCCAGGCAACCGCAUUUCGUUGUUCCCGUCACUGGGACACACGAUGGGAGCGGGCUCGACCAAUCUGGGCGGCGCCUUUGACAGUUUGCAAAGCGAGCUCGAGAUGUCGAUGCACUCGGACCUGAGCGCCGAUUCGGGCAUUGGCGGAACUGAACACAUACCUCAAUACAAGAAAGUCUUCGAAACGGUGCGAUGCGCGUCGCAAAAUUCGCUGAGCAGCGCAGACAGUCUGGGCAGUUUGCAUUCGGGCUUUGGCGGCCCUGGCGGAUUCGUGAGUAGCAGUAUGGCGUCGAGCGCAGGGCCGAGAAUGAGCUCGAGAGCGACAACCAGCGCCGAAUCGCUUCGUCGAUCUUCGGGUUCGAUUUACAGCAGCAGUUCGCUCGGUUAUCCCAGUCUGGAUUCCUCAGGACACUCAGAUCAUUCCGAUACCGACUACAGUCAGACCGAUUCGGAGGAUGCAGCGUACCCUGCUUUACCAAAGCAAGGUGUUCCUGGUACUCCAGGUGCUACUGAAUUGGAGGCAGCUAUAAAAAGAUUAACUCCCGGUGAAGUACUUGCAAGAAGAGCUAACCUUCAACAUGGACCUACUUAUGGAGGUUAUGAAGGAGAUACUUACAUGCCCUUUGGUUGUCGCACACCAGACAGCCUAAUGUCGACAGGUUCCAGCGCCUAUCACGGCUGGAAGUUGCCGGGAAAAUUGCAAAUCGUCAAACCCAUGGAGGGUUCGCAAACGCUACACCAGUGGGCGCAGCUGGCUCAACCGACUUUCGGCGGCCUUUUAGAGGAACGACCCGGAGUCAAAAUACGAGGCGGUAAAGAUUUGGAGGAGAUCGGAUUGCAGACAUACGCUCUAAGUGAUCUUGAGGAAGAUGAAGAAUACACGAAUCCGGGUAAAAUGUUUGAGAAUUCGCAGCACACGUACACGUACACCAACAGCACUAUAAUGCAUCCGGACGACGGCACGUCCGUCAGUCCGAGCAUGCGAGGCAGCCGCGUCACCUCCGUGUGUUCGAGCAUACAAAAUUCUCCGCCGCAGACCCCAGGAAAUCUCAGCAGGAGGAAUUCCUGCAGCACGUUCAGCACCAACAUCGGGUUGGCUAAGAUGCUUAACGAAAGAGGUAUUAAAGCAGCAACUCCAUCGGCAUUCAACACCCCGUGCGGAGUAAACAGUUUCACUCCCACGGCGACUCCGUGCAACAGUCCGGACGGUUCGCCGUGCUCGACGCGGUGCAGCUCGCCGGAACCGGACCUCGAUUCGUUCAGCCUGCCGCAGCUGAUCUUCAGCUCGGUGCCGCAGUUUUUGCGGGACACCGUGGGCGGCGGCGGCGGCGGCGCGCGUAAGAAGACCUCGUUCACGAAGAACAAGCGCGGCGAUAGUCGAGAGAGUUUGGUUGGUCAAAUAGAAAAAAUAGGAAUCAGUAAUCUUAUGGGAAAUACCGGUGUAGCCGGAAUGUACGCCAGGCCCAACUUAACAAGCCCCAUGGCACAAUUGACAUGUCUUUUACCCAGUCAAACAAGUGACAUUCUAUCUUCUAAAGCCUCUUCAACACAACUAAAAGGAAAACGAGCUUCAGGGUUGGGGGUGCCAGGUAAACCUGGCAGCGGAGCGCUGAAUAAGCGUCUCGAACAACUGAGCAAGAGUAGGCAACAACGGAGACAAGGUGGGGGAAUGACAAGACCAGAUUUGGGCACGGUGGCCACGCGUAAAACUCCGGAACCGGAACAAAGAACCUCAACACUAGGAACCCUUAGCUCCCUCCUGUUUGGUCGCAAAGGAGGAUUGUUUUAGGUUAUGAAUUUUCCAGACAUAGCGGUUAUUUAAACUAGGUGCCUAAAACAAAGGAUUUUAAAAAUAGUUGUAGCAGGGUGUCUAUAAAUUACGUCAUUGGUUGCAGAAUGUUAUUUAUUUAAAAAAAUUGUUAUGUAAAUUUGUUUAAAUGAUAAAUUUACUUUAGCUGAAAAAUCAAACUAUUUUCAAAGUUCUAUACUAAUUUUAUAAUAUCCCCAAUUAGGGGGCACAAUUUUUAAGAGCAUGUUUUAAGAUUUUGAGUUACAAAAGUUGCAAGACUGAAUUUUGGCCAUACCAAUGCAAUAAUGUAAUUGUUGUAACUCAAACAUAUAAAAGGUCAAGAAAGCAUUUUAUUUAACUGCCAAUUUUUAAGUGCAUAUUGACAAUUAGUUAUGACUUUCAUCUGAACGUUUUGGUGUAUGUAAAGAAAAAAGCUUAUAAUUGUUAAUGGUUUUUAAUCUUGUGAUAUUUUUCGGUAUUCCUAAUUUAGAAAGAACGCCUUUUUAUAAACACUAAAACUUAUUAUGUUAAAAAUUAAUUUUAUUAUUUAAUCUAUGUUUUAUAAAAAUUAGUAUGGAUCAAAAGCAGUCUUAGAUUAGAUUUUAUCUGCUUUUUUUGCACAAAUUGUCAUAGGUGCUUAAUUCUUUAUUUGUAAAUGUAAAUAAAGUGAAUUGGAAAUACAAUUAUUUAAUAAUUGUAGUCCUUGCAUUUUAUCACAAAUAUUACUUAAUAUUCCCUAUUUACUCAAGUUUUUUCUCAGAAUGGUUAAUAAGAAAUACAAUACUACAAUAAACAAUGGUUAAGAAAGCAGUGACAAUAUGUUACCACAAUAAUUUGUAGUACCAUAUGAAGACGUUUCUUGAUAAGUUGGUAGAAUUAAAAAAUAUAUAUAAAAAUAUAAAUCUUUAAAUAAUUUGAAGAAAGGGUAAAAAAAUGCGAAACUGCUUUAGUACUUGUGAUGAAACUCAAAAAACGGUGAUGAGGCCAAACAAGAUUGAUUGUGAGAUUACUGUAUAAAGUAUUUAUUUUCUGUAGUAUGUAUCAACUAAUUAAAUAUAGCUAUAGAUGAACUGAUAUGUAAAAUGUAUAUAAAAGAAGUUUGAGACAGUGGCUUACCGACCUGUUUUGUAAGUUUAUUGUUUUAUGAUUUUUAUUUGAUUGUAAAGAUAUGCUGGUUAAAUAAAUUUAUUCAUG